AUGGGACCUGUUUUGGGUCAUCUGUUGGCAGAUAUGGAGUCAGCGCAAUACAACCAUGCAUGGGGGUGUAUUCCAACAUCCUUCAAGGUCAUCUCAGUAUGGCAGCCUCCAUUGGGUAAUUGUUUCAAGCUGAAUUUUGAUGGUGCUUGCUUUGAUGAUGGAGCUGCUUCGGGCUAUGGGGCUGUGAUUAGAAAUGAAAAGGGCGAAGUAAUGGCUGCUUUGGCGGCCAAGGGUGGUGCGGUACGGGAUAGUGAAGAGGUGGAAGUGUUUGCUUGUCGUAAAGCUCUCGAGUUUGCAAUAGAUGCAGGCUUCAUGGAAAUUAUUUUGGAAGGUGAUAGUUUUAGAUCCAUUUCGAUUAAUUGUGUUAGGCGCACUGCUAAUGGGGUAGCUCAUGCUUUGGCUGGAUUUACUAGAUUAAUUGAUGAUGAUAUUGUUUGGUUGGAGGAGGAUCCCCUAACUGUGGUGGAUGCUUUGUAUUUGGAUGCUAAUGCUUUAAAUUAA